CAAUCUCAACAACACGGUCGACAAUCAUGAUGCUCACACUGGUGUCAAUAGCAGCUUUAAUCGCCGCAUUGUACUACUACUUCACCAGGACGUUUGAUUACUGGAAGAAAAGAAACGUCGUCGGACCUAAACCUCUACCAUUCUUCGGAAACCUCAAGGAUUCCUUCCUACGAAAAACACCAUUGAUAGUCCUAUAUAAAAAAAUCUACGAUGCCUAUCCUCAAGAAAAAGUGGUCGGAAUCUACAGAAUGACAACACCGACUAUACUGCUGCGAGAUUUGGACAUCAUUAAGCACAUUCUAAUUAAAGACUUCGAUCAAUUCAUCGACAGAGGAGUGGAAUUCAGCGACAAGGGUUUGGGAUCUAACUUGUUCCAUGCCGACGGCGACAGGUGGCGUAUUCUGAGAGGGCGUUUCACUCCGGUGUUCACGUCAGGGAAGCUCAAGAGCAUGUUUUACUUGAUAACGGAGCGAGCGAACAAAUUCAUCCGGUACACAGACGAGAUUACACAGCAGCAACCGGAGCAGUCUCUGCAUCACCUCUUUCAGAAGUACACAAUGUCGGUGAUCGGCGCCUGCGUCUUCGGGGUGGAACUGGACGACAAAAUGAGGAAAACUUUGGACAAAGUUGACAAAAUGAUGUUUUCUGCAAACUACAGCACCGAAUUGGAUAUGAUGUUUCCUGGUAUACUGAAGAAGUUUAACGGCUCCAUCAUGCCCGGAUACGUGAGUACGUUCUUCGAGAAACUCGUCGAACUAGUGAUAAAGCAGAGAGGUGGAAAACCCUCGAAUAGAAAAGAUUUUAUGGAUCUCAUACUAGAAUUGAGACAGCAGAAAACGAUCGAAGGUAGGAAAAGAUUCGAUAAUGAAAAACAAACAUCACUUGAACUGACAGACAGUAUAAUUGCUGCUCAGGCGUUCGCUUUCUACGGGGCAGGGUACGAGUCGAGCGCAUCCACGAUGGCAUUCAUGUUGUACGAGAUAGCAAAGAACCCUGAUGUACAGGACAAGGUCAUCAAAGAGAUCGAUGAAGUCCUCGAGCGAAACAACGGUGAGGUGACCUUCGAGUGCUUAAGCGAGUUGAAGUAUUUGCAGCAGGUAUUCGAUGAGACGUUAAGGUUGUAUCCUUUGGCGGACCUCAUCCAACGUGUCACUCGCUCGGAGUACAAAGUGCCGGGCACCGACAUCACGCUGGAGAAAGGCUGUCCGGUGAUCAUGAGCGGGUGGGGCAUACAUAAAGACCCACAGUACUUCCCCGAUCCGGAGAGAUUCGACCCGGACCGUUUCAGUCCGGAAAAUGUGAAGAACUUACACCCCUGCGCUUAUUUACCGUUCGGAGCCGGACCUAGGAACUGCAUAGGUAUGCGCUUCGCUAAAAUACAAUCACAAGUUGGCAUCGCAACAUUCUUGUCCAAGUUCCGCGUUGAACCUUCGAAGAAGACGGCUACGAAAUUCACAUACGAUCCGAUGCGUGUAUUCCUUCUGCCCGAAGAAGGUAUCUUUGUGAAUAUUGUGCCACGAUAACCAACAAAAACGAUUUGAA